AUGGCGGAUCAUGUGCAGAGCCUGGCCCAACUAGAGAAUCUGUGCAAACAGCUUUAUGAGACAACAGACACAACCACUCGACUCCAGGCAGAGAAAGCCUUGGUCAAAUUCACCAACAGCCCUGAUUGCCUGAGCAAAUGCCAGCUGCUCCUCAAGAGAGGAAGUUCCUCUUACUCCCAGUUACUGGCAGCUACAUGCCUUACAAAGCUUGUAUCACGCACAAACAACCCUCUACCAUUGGAGCAACGCAUAGAUAUUCGGAACUAUGUGCUCAACUACCUUGCCACCCGGCCAAAGUUGGCUACUUUCGUGACACAAGCACUUAUUCAGUUAUAUGCCAGAAUCACAAAACUGGGCUGGUUUGACUGUCAGAAGGAUGACUAUGUCUUCAGAAAUGCAAUCACAGAUGUCACAAGGUUCUUACAGGACAGUGUGGAAUACUGCGUCAUUGGCGUCACUAUUUUAUCUCAGCUAACCAAUGAAAUUAAUCAAGCCGACACCACGCAUCCUUUAACCAAGCACAGAAAAAUAGCCUCUUCUUUCUGAGACUCAUCAUUAUUUGAUAUCUUCACACUUUCCUGCAAUUUACUAAAACAGGCUUCAGGAAAGAAUCUAAACUUGAAUGAUGAAAGUCAGCAUGGCUUGCUCAUGCAACUGCUCAAACUCAUUCAUAACUGCCUAAACUUUGAUUUCAUCGGCACUUCUACUGAUGAAUCCUCAGAUGACCUGUGCACAGUACAGAUUCCCACCAGCUGGAGAUCAGCGUUCUUAGAUUCUUCAACUCUGCAGCUGUUUUUUGACCUGUAUCAUUCCAUCCCUCCUUCAUUUUCGCCUCUGGUAUUAUCCUGUUUAGUACAGAUUGCCUCAGUAAGAAGAUCCCUGUUUAACAAUGCAGAGAGGGCCAAGUUUCUCUCACAUCUUGUUGACGGUGUUAAAUGAAUACUGGAAAACCCACAGAGUUUAUCAGACCCAAACAAUUACCAUGAGUUUUGCAGACUACUGGCCCGAUUGAAGAGUAACUCUCAACUGGGAGAAUUAGUAAAGGUGGAAAACUACCCUGAGGUCAUCCGAUUGAUAGCUAACUUCACAGUGACCAGCCUACAGCACUGGGAAUUUGCCAAAUAGUCCCCAAAUAGUGUGCACUAUCUCCUGAGCCUAUGGCAGCGGCUGGCAGCCUCUGUGCCAUACGUGAAAGCCACAGAGCCCCACAUGCUGGAAACUUACACUCCUGAGGUCACCAAAGCCUAUAUCACAUCCCGUUUGGAAUCUGUGCACAUCAUCCUGAGGGAUGGCCUGGAAGACCCUCUGGAGGAUACUGGCCUGGUGCAGCAGCAGCUGGACCAGCUGUCUACCAUCAGGCGUUGUGAGUACGAGAAGACAUGCGCACUCCUCAUGCAGUUGUUUGACCAGUCUGCCCAGUCCUAUCAGGAGCUGCUGCAGAGUGCCAGCGCCAGCCCGAUGGAUAUCGCAGUGCAGGAAGGAAGGCUGACGUGGCUGGUUUACAUCAUCGGCGCAGUGAUCGGUGGCUGGGUUUCUUUUGCCAGCACUGAUGAGCAAGCUGCUAUGGAUGGCGAGCUCGUCUGUCGGGUGCUCCAGCUGAUGAACCUAACAGAUUCUCGCCUGGCUCAAGCGGGUAAUGAGAAGGUAGAAUUGGCCAUGCUGAGCUUUUUUGAACAGUUUCAUAAGAUCUACAUUGGGGACCAGGUGCAAAAAUCCUCUAAGCUGUACCGCCGACUCUCAGAAGUUCUGGGCUUGAAUGAUGAGACUAUGGUCCUAAGCGUCUUCAUAGGAAAAAUCAUCACCAACCUGAAGUACUGGGGCCGCUGUGAACCGAUCACCUCCAAGACACUACAGCUUCUCAAUGACCUCUCCAUUGGAUACAGUAGUGUAAGGAAACUAGUGAAGCUUAUUGCGGUACAGUUCAUGCUGAACAAUCACACGAGCGAGCACUUUUCAUUUCUGGGUAUUAACAAUCAGUCCAAUCUGACAGACAUGCGGUGUCGGACUACCUUCUACACAGCCCUUGGGCGUCUCCUCAUGGUGGAUUUAGGAGAGGAUGAAGAUCAGUAUGAGCAGUUCAUGCUGCCGCUCACAGCAGCGUUUGAGGUCGUGGCCCAGAUGUUUAGCACUAACAGUUUCAACGAGCAAGAGGCAAAGCGAACUCUGGUUGGCCUCGUAAGAGACCUGAGAGGGAUAGCUUUCGCCUUCAAUGCCAAGACCAGCUUCAUGAUGCUGUUUGAGUGGAUAUAUCCAUCCUACAUGCCAAUUCUCCAGCGGGCAAUUGAGCUCUGGUACCAUGAUCCAGCUUGUACCACUCCUGUGCUCAAGCUGAUGGCUGAGUUAGUUCAUAACAGAUCCCAGCGACUGCAAUUCGAUGUCUCUUCCCCCAAUGGCAUCUUACUCUUCAGAGAAACCAGCAAGAUGAUAACAAUGUAUGGCAAUCGCAUCCUGACACUAGGAGAGGUCCCAAAGGAUCAUGUCUAUGCACUGAAGCUCAAGGGCAUCUCCAUCUGCUUCUCCAUGCUGAAGGCAGCCCUCAGUGGGAGCUACGUCAAUUUUGGAGUCUUCCGUCUCUAUGGAGAUGAUGCCCUGGACAAUGCUCUACAGACCUUCAUCAAGCUGCUCCUCUCUAUUCCCCACAGUGACCACCUGGACUACCCCAAGCUCAGCCGGUCUUACUAUUCACUACUGGAAGUCCUGACCCAGGACCACAUGAACUUUAUUGCAAGCCUGGAACCUCAUGUCAUCAUGUAUAUUCUCUCUUCCAUUUCUGAAGGACUUACUGCACUUGACACCAUGGUAUGCACAGGCUGCUGCUCUUGCUUGGACCACAUCGUGACAUACCUCUUUAAGCAACUGUCACGGAGCACCAAGAAGAGGACGACACCCCUGAACCAGGAGAGCGACCAUUUUCUGCAUAUCAUGCAGCAGCAUCCAGAGAUGAUCCAGCAGAUGCUGUCAACGGUGCUGAACAUCAUCAUCUUUGAAGACUGUAGGAACGAGUGGUCAAUGUCCCGGCCCCUACUUGGCUUGAUACUACUUAAUGAAAAGUAUUUUUCUGACCUAAGGAACAGUAUCGUGAACAACCAGGCACCAGAGAAGCAGCAGGCUAUGCAUCUGUGUUUCGAAAACCUGAUGGAAGGCAUCGAGCGAAAUCUUCUUACGAAAAACAGAGACAGGUUCACCCAGAACCUGUCGGCAUUCCGUCGAGAAGUCAACGACUCGAUGAAGAAUUCCACUUACGGCGUGAAUAGCAAUGAUAUGAUGAGCUGACACCUCCUUGGACUCUACCUGUACAGAGCAGCACCCUUUGGUCUGG